AUGUCAAAUGCGAAAUUUGCAGUUAAAAUUUUUGACAGGUCAGGACAUUUCGGGAUGUGGCAAGCUGAGGUUCUUGAUGUCUUUUUUCAACAAGGGCUAGAUAUUGCCAUAGAAAAAAAUAAACCAGACAAUAUCGGAGAAGGAGAUUGGAAGAUUAUCAACCGUGUUGCUUGUGGUACCAUUCGAUCUUACCUCGCAAGAGAACAGGAGUAUCCAUACACAAAAGAAACUUUUGCAAGUAAAUUGUGGAAUGCGUUGGAAGAUAAAUUCUUGAAGAAAAACAGUCAAAAUAAACUUUACAUGAAAAAAAGACUGUUACGCUUCACAUAUGUUCAUGGUACUACAAUGAAUGAUCAUAUCACUAGCUUUAAUAAGUUGGCGACAGAUUUGCAGAAUAUGGACGUGACUUUUAGUGAUGGAGAUAUGGCCUUAAUGUUAUUAAGUUCACUUUUCGAUGAGUACGAGCACCUCGAAACUACUCUACUUUAUGGGAAUGAUGAAGUGUCUCUCAAAGAAGUUUGUUCUGCCUUGUACAGCUAUGAAUAA